UGUCAUCUGGAUCCAAUGUCACUCCAACAGGCUCACUGUCCUUCUGUGACGUCACUGGCACGCACGGCUCCCCCGCGCCCUGAUUGGCCGGCUCCGCGCCCCCGCCCCGCCCUCCGAGGUAACUUGUGGAGAGUUUCGGGCGGAGUCGCGGGGCCGUUAUAUGAAGCCGCGGAGCGGGGAGCUGUUCUUCUUCCUCUCGGACUGCGGAUACUCACCAUGCCCUCCAACAAGGACGACGGCGGCUGGAAGAAGGUCCUGUGGGACUCGGACAAAGGGGAGUUCCUCGGGCGGACCGGCGGCAGUUGGUUCAAGAUCAUCGGGUUCUACAUCGUGUUCUACGGCUGCCUGGCUGGGAUCUUCAUCGGGACCAUCCAGGCCCUGCUGCUCACCGUGAGCGACUACAAGCCCACCUGGCAGGACCGGGUCUCACCCCCUGGCCUCUCUCACACCCCUCGGGCCCUGAAGUCUGAAGUGUUCUACAACCGCAACGACCCGGAGACCUACCUGCCCUACACCAAGGCCCUGAGGAACAUCCUGGCCAAGUAUAAUGACGAAAUGCAGAGGGACCAGAUGAAGUUUGAGGACUGUGGAGAGGAGCCUGGAGAGUACAAGAACAGGGGCGACCUGGAGAGUGACAUCGGCAUCAGGAAGGCGUGUCGGUUCUCCAGGACCCUGAUGGGACCCUGCUCCGGCACCGUGGACCCCGACUUCGGCUUCAAAGAUGGAACCCCGUGCCUCAUCGUCAAGCUCAACAGGAUCGUCAGCUUUGUGCCAAAGCCUCCCAGCUCCAAUGAGAGCAUCCCUGAAGAGGCUCAGCCCAAGGUGCAGCCCAACGUAAUCCCCAUCUACUGCACCAACAAGAGAGAGGAAGAUGCCGGUCUGACCGGGGAUGUGAAGUACUACGGCAUCGGCGAAGGCUUCCCCCUGCAGUACUACCCGUACUACGGCAAGCUGCUGCACCCCCACUACCUGCAGCCGCUGGUGGCGCUGCAGUUCAGCAACCUGACCAUGAACACCGACCUGCGCAUCGAGUGCAAGGUGUUCGGAGACAACAUCCUGUACGGCGAGAAGGACCGCUACCAGGGCCGCUUCGAAGUCAAGUUCUCCAUCACCAGUUUAUGACCGGCGCCGGGACCGUAGCCCCGCCCCCAACGAUGCACUCGUCUCACGUAGGAGACGAGUGAGGGGGCGGAGCUUCAGUCGAUCACAAUAGUCUUGAAUGAGUAACUGGCAGGGGACCGAUGCGUCGCCUGCUCGUCACUAGCUUCCACACGUCUGUCCAGCCGUAGAAUGUAACCUAGAGGCCGCCAUCGUAAUAAUCCCCACAUGUAUCCAGCUGCAGUGGCUGGCGUAGCUCCUGUCGCCUCCACCUGGUCCCUCUGCUUCCUGUGGUCUCACGAGACGUGUCCUCCUCGUUUAAUUGUCAACGCACGCCCACCUGGUAAUGAGCGGGUGGGAUGGCGUUCCUCUUUUAUUCCUCUUUUACACCCCGGAGCUCUUUUUACUCUUUUCAAUGAUUUGUGUGCCUUUGAUCUUUACCUGUAGAGUCCAGCCGGGUUCAUCUCAGUGGUGCAACGCUCUGAAUGUUUCAGCCAUUAAAACGUGGAAGAGUUUUAUAUUUAUGCAGUUGUACAUUUUGUUUGCAGAAUAUUUUCAUGAAUGCAAAACCAAAGUCUCUCAGUCUUUCGGGUCUUAAGUGUCGCGGCCUCGUGGCUUCAUGAAGUAGUUCAGGAGCCUUUAAUUCACCUCCAGGAGCUCAGUGGCUUUACCUGAUGAAGUUGUUAAUAUUCCUUUAGGAUUUCAUGUUGAUGUGAAACUUGAACUUUGACCUCGUCAACAUUUCAUCAGCUUUGUCAUUUAAUCAAAGAUAGAAACCAAUAAAGUCGUAAUGGACCUUU